AUGAAUAUUGCAAAACAUUUUUCAAAUGUCGCGGUCAUAUGAUUACUACGUAGUUCAGUUUCUUUAACUAUCAUUUUUGACAGUUCAAUUUUCGUGUUAAUUAAUGUUUAGUUUAGUUCCAAGAUAUCUUAUAUUAAAAAAAAAAAAUAUGUUUCUCGUUGUUAGUUGAAAAGAGAAGAGAAAGGAAAGGAAAAAAAACAAAAUGACUUCGGAAGAAGAUUGUCCUUGUACGGACAGGUCCGAACCUUCGAAUAUGACGUCUUUACGUACUGACAUAAGUUCGAUGAUAAAUUCUUAUGAAUCUUAUGUAAAAAUUACUGAAGAAGAGAAAAAAACAGUCGAAGAACCUUACAAAAAGACUAUUAAUCAAGAAUUACCAGAAGUAAUAAAUCAUCGAGAAAUGACGCAAUUCGAGCCUGUUAUACCUUGCUAUUGUCAUGUUCCAAUAAUAAAUGGUUACACGUUACCAGUAAAGUACACAAAAGAUAAUCACCAUAAACAUCGUUCAUUUUGGUCUAGUUUUCGUAGCAAAUGGUCUGAUAACAAAUAUCUCGAUGAUAGAAAUCGAAAUUAUAAAAUUAAAUUACAACGAAAUACACCUUACAAGUCUUUAAAUAAAAUCACGAAUGGUAAUGUAAAAACAAAACCCGAAGAAAAAAUAAAAUUUCAAGCUGACAAAUUAAGUCAAGGUGAUAAAAAAAGAGAAAAUCUUGCCGAGAGAAUCGACAUUUAUUACUUCGAUCAUGGAAAUUCUGCAUAUUAUCGAACAACAGAUUCACCACCUAUAUUAAAGACAGAAAAAUGUGCUGAAAAGACCGACCAAGCAGCAACACGUUUUUGGGCUGAAAUAUUUGGCACCAUUCAUAUAGGAACAGCAUUUAUAACAGCUUUUAUUCUACAAUUGAUAAGAUUCAUAUUAUUCAGUCUUAUUCGGCCAUUGACUGUUGGUAUAUUGCAAUUAUUUGCAGAUUAUUUCGUGAAACCUCUACUUUCCAUAAUAUUUAACGCAUUGAUACAACCAAUUUUAAUACUUUUAUACAAUAUUGCAACAUCUAUCAAAGAUCUUUGCGAGCCAUUGGCAGAAACUGUUGGUCUAUUUUUAAGAGAGAUAGCAAAUCUGUGUAGAUCGAUUAGGAUAAUAGAAAUAAGAUAUGAAAAUAAGGGUUCUUCUACUUGAAAGUAAGAAACAAAUUAUUGAGACGUUAUUCUAUAUACAAAUGAGGAUAAUUUGGAAGAAUUUUAUUAUGAUCAAGGAUUUAUAACAAGUUGAUCAACUGGUACGAUGAUCAUUUCAACAUGAAAAUAACAGGAUAUUGCCUUAACACCAGGUAUAUAUUUGGUAUUAUUCUCUUCAACUUUACAAUAUUCUUAUUGGUUCAUUUAUUUUUGUAUGGAACAAAUGAUCUCUUUUAUAUCUCAUCAACUAAUUUUCAUCAAUAUAAUAAUUAAUGAAUUUAUCAUCUUCUUCGUCUCUUCCUUCUCAUAUAUAUAUCUUAUUGUUAUUAAUAAAUUAUGUACAAUCUCACAAACAACAAACGGAGGAACCUAAUUACAUCAUUGCAGCUGUAGUUCUCACACUUCGCUAUUUACAGGUACUACUUGGUUUUUACAGAAUCGCUCCAUCUUUUCUGUGUACAUGUGUGUAUGUAUAUAUGCGUUUGUGUAAUAAGUGUAUUUUUUCUUGUAAACUUUC